GCGGGAUUUUACUAAGCGCAGUUCAGUCUGAGCUCAAACGGUUAACGGUUCAAGGUUUAUCGGCAGUGAUAACUCGUAUCACAUCAUGAUUAAUAAAUACUCGGCACUCUUUGUUAUCUUCAGCAUCUGCUGGUGCUACAGUGCUGGCAAUAAUUAUGAUCAUUAUGGCUAUGAUUCGAGCACAAGCAGCGAACGCAUUAAUGCCGCCGUACGUUGUGUUAACGUUCAUCAAGCCAAUGUGGAUCUGAAGCAGAUGAAGGGUCUCUGGUUUGGCAGUGAGGUUGUUAUACACAGUCAAUAUAAUCCUGGAGUCUACGAAUACGAUUCGUGUGUUAUGAUUCACCUGACAGAUGUGACAGAGCAGGUUCUCAAUAGCAAUAGCUAUAAUAACAAUAACAAUUAUGGCUACAAUAACAACUAUAACAAUCGACAUCAGAAUCCAAAUCCAAAUCAAAAUGAAAUCAAUUACGGACGCGCUUCGACCACACCUCAAUAUUUGGAUCGUGAUGAUUAUGUGCAACAACAGCAACUGCAACAGCAGCGCACAAAGUAUCUACGUCUGGUGUGGAGCGAGCGGGAUAAUAAUUUGGAAUAUACUUUCAACUAUACGACAGAUUCACCUGGCAUCUGGUCCAACAUUGGGGAUCAACGUGGCUCCCUCGUCACCCUUAACAAGUACACUCAAUUCUCGGGCACUGUGCAGGUGGUGAAGGCGGUCAAUGAUCAUUUGGUGUUGACCUUCUGUGGCAAUGAUGUCAAGAGCUCCAUUUACACUGCGGUCCUAUCACGCAAUCGCCUGGGCUUAAGUUCUGAUGAGCUGCGCAGCAUUCACAGUUUGCUCAAUCGUCGCGGUCUCCUUGUGGAGAACAUUCGCCAGGUUUGCAACGCGGCGGCAACUUUGGGCGGUGGCAUGCUUCCCCUUUCGCUGUCACUUUCGCUGCUGUUUCUGCUGCUGCUGUGGUGUCGUCGCCAGUGAGGCAGCUGCGUUAAUGGACGCACAAGGAAGCACAUAUUCCAGCCAUAUUUUAUGUUAAUUUAUCAAUAAUUUACUUACUUAAGCAUUUAACUCUCGGUCAAUACAACACUGCUAACCAAAACCUCAA